UAUAUAUAUAUAUAUAUUACGAUUUGACUCGCAUAAAAACUGUGGAUGGAAACGUGGCUACUGUUUAUGAGACAUUCACACAGGAGGAAUCUUACAAGCGUCUGUCAAAUGCUUAAGUGCCAAAAGAGCAUUGAAUAGUCAUCAGAGAAUACACACUGAGAACAAAGCAAUGCUUAAGCGGACACAUGGAGAGAAUGCACGGGAACAUGAUUGUGCCCUGUGUAGGGAAGGGCUUCAGACAGAAGAUUGAGGCAAGUUUUGUAACUUCCACUUGUGAAUGGAAACACUGUUCUUGGGUGAAUAAUAUACUCUAUGACUUUGGCUAUUUGUAAGACUACAAAUACAGUCACUAUUGUUCAUAGUUUUUAACUUGAUUAUGUUGUCCCAUGUGAACCCUGCCAGGCAAUCACUGCACAAUAUCUGUCAAAUAGUUAAUCCAACGAUAGUGAUAAGAUUAUCUUGAUCUGAUGAAACCCACGUUGAUGCAAGCUGUAACCGAGCCCAUCUCAAACGGUCACAUGAACUGGUCCAAUUGAAUCCAUUAGAAACCAUUUCGAUUCCAGUUCAGCCCACUAGACACCAGUAGCCAUUCUCUACCUUAAUGAACUGGAAUUUCACCUAGGGAAUUGAUUGUUCAUGUACACAUGUAUGAUACAUACUUCGGUGUGUAGUUAUUGUUUGUUUUGCCCCCUAUUGAGUACUGUCUUCCUUGUAUGGUAAAAAUAAUUAUGGAAUAGUUAUAAUAAAUUUUUUAAGAGUGGGAACCCUGUUUAAAAAACUAAACAAAUAUCACCUAAUUACUUCAAGAGAUCCAUGUGUUUUAUAACUAGUAUAAGAUGUUGAUAAUUCAAUCAUUUUUGCCUUUUAUUAUUCGUUUUACAGUUUUACAUGACAUGACUCUUACUUUGAAGGACAAAAAAAAACUUGACCCGGAAGUUCUUACUUACUCUUGUUGGCUUCACGGAUGACGGAACACAACACGAGCUUGCUAUCUGAAAAAUGUCCAAAUUGGAGUUGUUGAGAGUAAUUUUCAACCAACGAUGUACAGGAGCUGCGGAUGAGACAUUCAGAGCCGUUGCAAAAAUGAUAUCAGAGUACCAGGACAACGUUUAUCUAUCGAAAGAGGACAACGACCGUGUACAGGGGCUGCUUGACAUCAUCUUGAAACCGGAGAUAAAGUUGUAUAGAGCAGAUUUUGAGCAGUUCAUUGUCUCUGAAGUAGAGUUUCCCCCUGAGCAGCAGUACUGUGAGCAGGAGUGGAGCCCCAGUCUGGGAGAUGGCUGGAACUCCAUACAGAUUAAAGAGGAACAGGAUGCCUCUUGGCCCCAGCCCAAAUGGAGGAGGACACGGACAGAAAAAGGAAAAAGCUUUAUCAGCUCCAAAGGUAGAAAAUCAAUGGAUCUGAAAUCAUCAGUGCAAAGGAGGAGUCACACAGAAGAUAAAUCAUUUUACUGUAGUGAUUGUGGUGAACGUUUCACUCAGAUGGGAAAACUGAAUUCUCAUAGGAUCAUGAUACACUCUGGAGAGAAACCGUUACGCUGUGAUGAAUGUGGCAAAUGUUUUGCUCAGUGGGGGUAUCUGGACUCUCAUAUGAGGAUUCACACAGGGGUGAAUUGUGGCAAAGUAUUCACUCAGUCUGACAGCUUUGAACCCUCCUUGACCACUUCAAAGGGUCACACAGGAGAGAAACGUUAUCGCUGUGGUGAAUGUGGCAAAUCUUUUUCUAACGCUGGGUCCCUGAAUUAUCAUAGGAGGUCGCACACAGAGAAGAAACCACAUCGCUGCCAUGAUUGUGGCAAAUCUUUUUUUAAAUUUAGGGAUCUGAAUAUUCACAGGAGAAUUCACACAGGGGAGAAACCUUUUCGCUGCCAGGUCUGUGGAAAAUGUUAUAAUCAGCACACUUCUCUUAGUUAUCACAUGAGGAAUCACACAGAGGUGAAAUCUUGUAACUGUCAUUAUUGUGGCAAAUAUUUUCGGCAUGGCCAUAAUCUGACAGCGCAUAUGAGGAUUCACACGAGGGAAAUCAGAUAAUUGUCGCUAUAGUAGCAGACAUCUCAGCACUGACGGUCAUGAGAGUCCAUAUGAGGAUAAUCAGAUGAGCGAUAAACUAUAUUGCUGUCAGGAUUGUUGUAAAUGUUACACUCCUUCCAAUCUGAAUCGGCUGGGGAGACGGAGGGGAUGAACCACAUUAAUACCAUGACUGGCAAAUCUUUCACAACUGCCUUUCAUUUGACACUGUGUAUGAGACAUUCACACAGGGGAGUAAUCUUACAAGCAUCUGUUGAAAAUGCUUUAGUGCCAGAAGUGCAUUGAAUAGUCAUCAGAGAAUAUGCAGAGGAGGAACCAUACAAGUCAAAUGAUUGCUUCAAAACAAAGGUUAAAGCCUAAAGGCUCACCUGAGAACAGACUUGAUUGAUCUUUACUAUGGUAGCCCUGAGGCCCGAUCUCUAUUAAAGGCCAUAAUCAGGACAUGUUCUGUAUGACCUGUCAUUUUCCAUUCUGUAUUGGCUGUAACUUUCAUUAAGUGUGAAACUGUAUUUUCCCACUGAGAUCAGAACGUGUAUGGUUCCAGAAACAAUUUUGUGUGUUUCAUUGUUCAAUUGAAAGUUGUCAGUUCCAUAUCACCCAUUGUCUGAAAUUAUGCAUGUAUGUCUCAUUCAGAAUGACUUUUCUUAACACUCAGAAGAAGAAUUUGCCUUUGAGCCAUUUGGCAUCUUAGCAGUUGUAUCUUGAAGAGGUUGCUGACUUUGUGUACAGAGCUAUUUCCCAGUAGACCUACUGUUUGCAAUAUUACAUAUUUUUCCUGAACUUGA